UCUGGGGAGACCGGAUAUAGUGAAUGCAGGGUCUGGGGAGAGCAGAUAUAGUGAAUGCAGGGUCUGGGGAGAGCAGAUAUAGUGAAUGCAGGGUCUGGGGAGACCAGAUAUAGUGAAUGCAGGGUCCGGGGAGACCAGAUAUAGUGAAUGCGGGGUCCUGGGAGACCAGAUAUAGUGAAUGCAGGGUCCGGGAGAGAGCAGAUAUAGUGAAUGCAGGGUCUGGGGAGACCAGAUAUAGUGAAUGCAGGAUAUAGUGAAUGCAGGGUCCGGGGAGACCAGAUAUAGUGA